AUGAACGACAAGUGUGAGGCUAUCGACAAGGAAAUUUCUGGUUGCUUUGCGCGCAUGGAGGAACUCAAGAUUGAGAGACAGAUGAUUUCUGAGGGCUUCAGAAUUGAGAGAGCUGCUCGUAUGGAGGAUAUGGCCGCCCGCAAGGCUCUUCUGGAAAGACGGAACGAGCUCACUGCCGAGUUCAGCACGGGUAAGAGCAAGGCCUCCGCUCUGCGCAGCGAGCUGUCGCAGAUCCGCGAGCAGAUCAGCAACCUCCCUCACGUUCAGUCCGGCGAGCUGGAGGCGAAGAUUAUGGAGGCGGAGGAGAAGAUCGAGACGGAGUCGAUGUCGAUCAAGCAGGAGCGCGAGCUGAACACGAAGAUCAAGGGAUGGAGAGACCAGCUUCGUCAGGCGAAGACGGUGGAGCCGCUGCUGGCUCGCCGCAAGGUGGUGGAGGAGGAGCUGAAGCUGCUGCAGACGUCGAUGGACGAGCUGAAGGGCAAGCUGAACGCUGUGUACGAGAAGCUGGGCGCGAAGAAGGAGAAGAAGGAGGAGAAGAAGGAAGGCGAGGAGGAGAAGAAGGAGCGCGAAGACCCCUACCAGAAGAUCAACGACGAGUGGAAGGAGCUGCAGGCGAAGAUCGACGCGAAGCGCCAAGAGAAGCGUGAGGUUCGCAACGCGUACUUCGAGCAGAGACGCCAGUACAACGAGUUCUCCUCGAAGAACCGCCGCAUGCGCGUGGCGCGCUCGGUGCUGGAGCGCAAGCAGCGCGAGGCCGCGGAGCUGGAGCAGCAGCGCAAGGAGGAGGAGGAGAUGCUGAAGCGCCACCCGUUCGAGAAGGAAAUGGCGGUGUGCGACGACCUGCUGGUCUACCUGAAGGGCCUGCAGACCAAGACCACGGCGACGCCCGCCGCGGCGAAGCCGGCGUUCCAGGUGCCCGAGGGCAUGACGCUGCUGAAGCGCGAGGAGGAGGUGCUGUACGCGGAGGAGCCGAAGAAGAAGAAGAAGGACCGAAGAGAGCGCAAGCAGAAGAAGACCGCGUUCACUCACGAUCUCGGAACCCUGCAGUCCUUCGCCAUGGUCCAUCUCAAGGCCCCCGUCUCGGAGGAGGAAGUCCAGGCCACUGUGGAGCUGGUGAAGGCGCGGAAGGCGUUCUUUGAUGCUCUCCCGCGUGGAGCGGAUGUGGUUGCGGAAUUGGCCAAGCUGUAAGCCGUGUGGUUAAAUCGAAUGGAUUGUUCUAUAA